UUUUUAUCAGUUAUAGGUAAGCUCUAGACUAGACAAGUUCGGAAAAUUUGGAAGAAAACUCUCUCUCUCUCGCUAUAGAUACACACUAAUAUAAAGAGAAAAUUGUAUGUGUGUGCAAAAGGAAAAGUGAAAUAUAAGCAAAAAGAAUGAAAAAUUAAAGAAAAGAAAAGAUUUGUCCCUCAAAAAUAUGUGGAAAAAUGCCAAUUUGCUUAAAAAUGAUGGAUCUAAUUGAUAAUUGUCUUGAAAAAAUCCAUUAUCCUGUGAAAAAAAGUGUAUGCAAAGUGAAGAAAUAAUGAAUAAUCGUUUAAAGGAACCACAAAAUACCCAAUAUUAACUGUAAAAUGCCUUGAUUGAAACACAUAAAAUAAAGCCAAAUAACUACAAGGAAACGCUUGCGUCCCAUUUUUAAGGUAGAAGUAGCUUGAGAGGAGACUAAAAAAAAGAGAGAAGAGAGUGAGCUAGCAAAGAUAUACAAAAAAAAAAAUGGCAGAACAACAAAAACUGUCGCUUUGUCCUCGUUUGGUGGAUUAUCUGGCCAUUGUUGGAGCUAGAACUAGUCCGCCAACUAGGACAAUCGCUGGCAAUAAAACACCCCCCGUUCAGAUGCCAGAGUUGUUGAGACGGUAUCCCCCUUCAGAUCAUGCUGACUUCCCUUUACCUCUGGAUAUGGUGUUCUUUUGUCAGCCCGAGGGAUGCACAAGUGUUGGUCCACGACGUACUGGAUCUGCGGUUAGGGAUGCUACAUCAUUUGUAUUUGCUUUGACCGACAAGGAUUCGGGCAAAACGCGCUACGGUAUCUGUGUGAAUUUUUAUCGUCCUGUGGAUAAGCAUGUUCCUGCGAGUGCAGCAGCACCCGUAGCAGCACGUGGUGGGCGUCGCAGUUCGGCAUUUCGUCGUGAAUCAUGGCGUAAGAGUAUGGAACGAAGUUCGGAUUCAGCUUUUAGCAGCGACUAUAGAAGUAAUGUAGCUCCAAGUGAUUCAGAUCGUGAAGUACCUAGUCGCCGAGAUUCAGAUCCUCCACACCAUCAACAACCACAUCCCAUCCAACAGCCACCGAAAUUGGGUCUGAUAGCACCCAGCGCCGAUUCAGAAUCCGGAGGUAGUCAUACGCCCUCGCCAAGGGCCUCAAGAAAACGCACAAAAGUCCGUAACCAAUCGCUGACGUCGCUAUGCAUAAUCUCACAUCAUCCGUUCUUUACAACAUUCCGGGAAUGUUUGUUUAUUCUCAAGAAACUCAUCGAUGCCUGCAACGAGUCGUCUAGUCCGAAACGAGUGGGUGCAUCGAACAAGGUUAAUCGGGAUAAUGUUUGGACAGUUCUAACUGGCAAUGCGACAGAUGCUACACCCUCCAUCGUCAUUCAUGACGUUAAGGAAAUCGAGACUUGGAUCUUGAGACUGCUUUCCACACCAGUUCCAGUACCUGGUUCAACAAGAGUCGAGGUGGAAGUGCUGUCACCCACAGUACAUGAACCUUUACUCUUUGCCCUGCCCGACCAUACAAGAUUCUCGUUGGUGGAUUUUCCAUUGCAUCUGCCAUUGGAGUUGCUUGGCGUGGAGACGUGCCUAAAAGUGCUGACCUUGAUUAUACUCGAAAAUAAAGUGUUGUUUCAGUCGCGCGACUACAAUGCCCUCUCCAUGUCGGUUAUGGCAUUCGUGACAAUGCUCUAUCCGUUGGAGUACAUGUUUCCGGUGAUACCGUUGUUGCCCACCUGUAUGAGUUGUGCGGAACAAUUGCUCCUGGCACCGACUCCCUUUGUCAUUGGAGUACCGGCAACGUUCCUUUUGUACAAAAAGAAUUUCAGCCUUGAUUACAGACUCCCAGAUGAUAUUUGGGUAGUUGAUUUGGACUCAACAAAGUUAUCAGCACCAACAGGGGGAGCUGAAGAGAUCCCAGGACUACCUGAACCCGAAGGGACUAUAUUAAAAAACCACCUCAAGCAGGCUAUGCAACUUAUGGAUCAAGCUGGACUUGGUGCCCUUACCUCAAUGUCUGCUAGUAAUCAAGCAGCAUCAACCCAACAGCUGAUGCCAUCGAUACGAGAUAGCCUUCAGCAGCCACCGAUAUUAGGUGUUUCAUCAGCCCGCCUACCCUUACAAUCACCAUCAUCAGCACAGGCAAGUCAACGCAACUCUAUAUCCACUCAAGGUGUUGCCUCACGCCAGCCGAGUCCUAAUGCUCCUCCCGCAAUAAAUCCAAUCAUCUUUGGAACUGACGUAGAUUCAGUCGAUGUGGCAACGCGAGUUGCCAUGGUUCGUUUCUUUAAUUCCCAAAAUACGUUGGCCAACUUUACCGAGCAUACUCGAACUCUCCGCCUCUAUCCCCGACCUGUGGUAGCUUUCCAGAUUAACAGCUUUCUGCGAUCCCGACCUAGAGCUUCGGUAUUUUUGAAUAAAUUUGCCCGAACUCAAGCUGUAGAAUUCCUCUCGGAAUGGUCCCUAACACCAACCAAUGUGGCAUUCCUACGCGUUCAAACUGGUGUCUUGGAUCCGAUACAAGUUGGUGACAAGGCUAAAUGGUUUGCCCAUGGACUAACUCCCAUUCGAUUCUCUGUUUGGGAUGAUGGAAGUUCAUUAAAUGGAGCUUUGCGAAGUCUUCAACAAUUAGAAUGCCAACCAACCGAUGAAAGUGGUUCGGAUUCGGAAGGAGCUGAAAGUACCAGUUCUUCAUAUUCAUCCCUAAGUGAUUUUGUUUCCGAAAUGGUUUCGUCAGACCUUUCACCUAGUUUACAUGAUGUAUUUGGACCUCAUCAUCAUCACCAUAAUGUGCCCCAGACCCUCUCCUCAAACCUUGAUGCUAGUUUAGUUUAUCAUCCCCCAAGUAAAUUGCAAUAUCCCGAAGGUGUGAUCAUACAGUCUUCCAAAGAGGACGAUGACCGACCUGAGUCACCGCAUUCCUCAUCAUCGAGUCGGUCGGACUUGAGUUCGCCAAGUUUUAAUCGCGAUUCAGAAUUUGAUUUCCCGCCUAAAGGGGAUCCGGAAGUUUUACUUAGACCGAAAUCAAUGGAAGAGGAAGAAACUUCACCAGGGUCCCAAAAGUUCCAACGAAAUGCUUCGGACCUUGAAAAGGGAAGCUUGUCAGAUAAGAGGAAAACCACGGCCCUUCCGAUAACUCCGACUGUUGUUCGACAGCCAAGUUUUUCCAAUAUCUUAGCUCGAACUAGUUCCGGUUCGAGUUCGGGAAGUCCUGGUGGAAGUCAACGUCAAGGUUCUCAAGGCUCACUUUUUGAAAACUUUGCUUCACAUGCUAAAGAUCUUGUAAGAGAAACCACAAGACAAAGUAGUCAAGAAGGAAUACUAGCACAUGUUGAUAAGGAAUCUGUGGAUGAAGAGGAAAAUAUAUUCAAUCCUCUUGAAAAGCUUACACUUCAUGCAAAAAAGGCAGCCGGUGAAGCAUCCAAACAAGCCCUAGAAGUAUCAAAACAAGCAGCUGGUGUAAGUCGCAAUACAUUAGAUGAUUUAACUUAUGUUGGCAAAUCAACAUUGGGUGAUUUGACAAAAACUGCAAAAGAAGCUGCUACUAAAAAAGGCCUGAUGAAGAACAACGAACAACAAGAUAUGGAUUAUCAAGGACCUGGUAAUCAAGUUGCUACACAAAAACAAGGUGGAUUGAUGCAAAAUACUGGCAGAGAUUUCUUUUCAUCAAUUGGUAGUGAUAUAAAUGGUUUGACAUCAUCAACUAGUGCAAUGUUUUCUGGAAUGUUUGGUGGAAAAAAACAACAACAGCAACAACAACAGCAGCAACACCAACAACAACAAAGGCAACAUCCUAAUCAGCAACAACAACAUCAACAACAACAAGGAGCAGGACAAAAGUCAAAAAGCGGUCUUUCAUUUGAUCCUUUUCCAGGACGAAGAGCUUUGGCCGAAAGGACUCCAUUGAUUAAACAUUCAAGUCCGAAACAAAGUCAAGAAGAACUCCAAAGACAGCAGAAUCAAGAACGUUCCCACAGCAACUCAGAAAAUCAAGCCUUCUUAAAAGAUGUUCUAACUCAAGUUAUGGCUGGGGAAGGUGUUGGCUGGUUGAAGCUUAAUCGUCUUCGAAAGCUUAUGGAAGAUGAGUCCUAUCGAAUGUUGGUACUUGGAAAACUCAAUAAAACCUUGGACCGUAAAAUCGCUCCCGAUGAUCAUAUUGAUGAUGUGUGCAUUCCAAAACCUAUUUGGAAAGGUAUCCUUAAAUGUCUCCAAGCAAUAGCUUCUGGCCUUGAUAGUACAUUCUCGAAUUUCGGCAUGGGCGGAAUGGCUUCGGUAUUUCAAAUGAUGGAAAUUGCUCAUACUCACUAUUGGAGCAAGGAACUCACCGAAAACACUAGCGAAAUGAGUCCAAGUUUACUCUCGAGCCAUGCAGCUAGCCCAAUGGGCAGUCGGGAGAAUCUUCGUUCUCCUUCGAGUCCUAAUCCUUCGAAUGUUGGCAGUGAGUGGUCUUCACCUCAGGAAUCACGCAAAAAUUCCACACACAUCGAUCGAGCUGGAGCCCAGAGAAGAAUGUCAUCGGCAGAGAGUCAAGAUGGUCAGUCUACAACUGAGAUGUUUAAGGAUAUGUUGACUCAGAAGAGGAAUGUCCUUAUGAGCAAACUUUCCUCAUUUGAUUCUGAUGGUGCCGGUUCUACGGGGGCACUCUCUGUGGUCAGUGAUCUAUUACCAUCAGGUCAUAAGGGCGGUGGACAUCGUCUACCUUCAAUAAGUUGCCGCUCGACCGUAUCCGAUACUGAAUAUGAAAAUACAAACAUAUUAAAGGACUCUAAGAAAGGUGGCAACUUGUGGUCUGGUAAAUCAACAUUAAGUGCUGGUUUCCGAUACACUGGUGGUCAUUUAAUAAAUACAUCUUCAUCACCAUCACCCGAUAGCCCCAGAGUGUAUUUAUUCGAAGGAUUGGUUGGCAAAGAUCGACUAAUGUUGUGGAAUCAAAUGCAAUUUUGGGAAGAUGCAUUUUUAGAUGCUGUUAGUCAAGAACGCGAUAUGAUUGGAAUGGAUCAGGGACCUGGAGAAAUGAUGGAAAGAUACAAAUCUCUAAGUGAAUCAGAACGAAAGAGAUUAGAACACGAUGAAGAUAGAUUACUUUCGACAAUGCUGUACAAUUUGACAGCUAUCCUAGUCAUGUUGAAUGUAAAUAAAGAAGAAAUCAAGAGAAAAGUUCGACGUUUACUUGGCAAAAGUCACAUUGGUUUGGUAUACUCACAAGAAGUUCAUAAUUUAGUUGAUCAAAUUAAUAAUUUGAAUGGCAAUGAUAUUGAUUUGAAACCCUUGGGUUCAAGACUCUUGCAUCGUCAAAGUUUCACAGUUCAUCAAGGAGUCGAUGCUACUGGUCCUUUAAGAUUCCUAGAAGUCCGUGAUGAUGGUUUAGUUUUGAGGUCAGUUAACGGAACCAUUGUCGAACGUUGGUGGUAUGAACGAUUAGUGAAUAUGACUUAUUCACCCAAAACAAAAGUUUUGUGUCUUUGGAGACGUAAUGGUGGACAGACGCAGUUGCACAAAUAUUAUACAAGAAAGUGUAAGGAAUUGUAUAACUGCAUCAAAGAUGCCAUGGAACGUGGUGGCACCCCCACAAAUGUACCUGAACUUGGUGGCGAAUUCCCAGUACAAGAUAUGAAUUCUGGUGAAGGGGGUCUGCUUCAAGUGUGCCUUGAGGGUGUUGGUUUGUUAUUUGCGAACAGUAAGUUUUUCGUCCGGUUGGACCAUAUUCGAAAGUGCUUUACACAAAAAGGAGGAAUAUUCGUACUAGAGGAAUAUAAUCCGAAAACACGACAACUUAUUCAAAGAAAAUACAAAUCAUCAAUGGCCGAUCAAAUUUGUUACUCGGUAUUAUGUGUAUUUUCUUACGUCGCCGCUGGACAAGAUCAAAAGAAAAAUCCAGUUGUUAUGACACCACAAAUUCAAGACAUUCAUUCCCAACAACAACAUCAACAACAACAGGGACAACAAUCACAAUCUACAAGUCCUCGAAUGCCAGCCCCACAAUCAUCACCUAAACCAGCGCAUCAACAACCGUUACCUCAACAGCCAGCAAGCAAGCUUCAAACUGUCACCAUCAAACACAGUGUACCACCACAAAAGCCAACUAUCACCACCUCAACCGUUCAGCCACAAACAAAACAUGUUUCAUCCACAUCUCCGGGUGGAAAUGGCACCCAACAAAGACCCACUCAUCUGCCCUCACGAAGUCCUCUCUCCCCCAAUGCAAAAAAUCUUCCACAAUUACCACCUAGAGUUCCUUCUCAAUCAUCCGUUGAAUCAGGCAAAGGUCGCGGUGGUCCCCCUGCAGGUCCACCACCCGGCCCACCUCCAGCAAUACCACCCAGAACUGGUAACCUAUCACGAUGUGGAUCAGUUCAAGUACCUGCAGCGAGCUCUGGACGGAAAUUAGUUCGACAGGCUUCUGCUAAUUCAAUUCCUCCCCAGUAUACUCCUCAACCUCCACCGCCAUUUGUCAUCCCUCAAAGGAGGAGCUCAAUAAGUAGACAGAGUUCGGUUAACAGUACUGCAAGUUCUGGCAAAUCUAAUUAUGGUGGUGGAGGAGGCGGUGGAGGUGGCGGAGGAGGAGGUGGUGGUGGAUAUGGUGGUAAUGGCCAUGGAUCACCAUUUGGUCAUCGAAAACACUGACAGAGAGAUUCGAUAUUUGAGUUGCGACCAGAUCAUCCAGUUUGUACCUCUUACUGUCUACCUUGGCUUUAAAUUCAUUUUUUCUGAAAAAAAAUUUGAAUGGGUUGUCAAAAUUUUGUAAAAGGUCGAAAAUAAUUUUUUUUUUAAUUUUGCCAUUCUCCAAAGAUUCUAAGUUAUGAUCCUUAAUUUUCUAUAAAUUGUUUUAAAUGUUGUUAAAAGUUCAAAAAUUCAUUUUCCAAAAUUGUGAAAUUUGGUACAAAAAUUCAAUUUCUUUUUUUAAUCCUUUGGAAUUUUUCUAUUUCAAAUUUCUGUUUUAAAAAGUUACCAAUUAAUAAUUUUUUAUAGUCAAUUCUUACAUUAACCAAAAUUUGGUACAAGAAAUCAUAGAAUAUUGAACUAAAUUUCAAAAAAAUGUAUAAACGUUUAUGAUGUUCAAUUGCAAGGAACUUACUUAAAAAAGAAAGAAUGUGUACCGAAAUUUGAUUUAUAAAUCGAAGGAUUUGCUGUACCAAAUUUUAGAAUCUUUGAAAAAGGACUUAAUUUUGAUCAGUUUUUUAAACUAGUUUCCUUUUUUUGGGUCAAAAUCCAGAAUUUUAUGAGACAGAUUUUUGGAAUACUGAAAUUUCGAUCAUACAGAAUUUCGACCUCAUCCUCUUUAAAGAUUUUUGUUCAAAUAUUCCAUUAGCUAAAAUUUAGAGAAUAAUGAAAGAAAAAAAUACAAAAUAGAUACCCGCUCGUGUCACUAUUACUAACAAAACCUAUAGUUUCCUCAAAAGCUUUAAGAACCCCUAAAAAUUGGAUCAUUAAUUUGGUCCAAAACUAAUUAAAAAAAAAAACACAUACAAAAUCCUUUUAGAAAACAUAAACAAAAAUGCAAUAUUGGUGUUAAAUAUAAUAAAAAUAAAUAAUUUCGUGAAAAAAAAAUUAAUAGCAAAAACUUAAAUUAGUAAAAAAAUUAUAUAUUUAAAUACUUAACAAAGUUAACUAUAGACAGAAAAUUAUUCAAGAUGUUGUAAAGUAUUGUAAAAUUAAAUUUUGUUUUUUUAAAUCACAGAGAAGAAAAAAAUUUUAAACAAAAAUUUAAAAAAAAUUCUUAUAUAAAAUCAAUGAACAAUAACUAACUUUAACUUUUUAAAAGCAAAUACAAUUUUUUUGAUUAAAUAAAUGUUUUAAUAUAAUUGAACAAAAAUACAAAAAAAAAAUAUGUAAGAAAUGCAAUUGAUUAACAGACAGCAAGAAAAGUACAUAAAUUUUAGGGAUAAAGAAACAAAAAAAACUAAGAGAAGAAUAUGUAAGUAAAAAACCUUUAUAUCAGAAACAUUAACAGCAUUCCUACUUAAAGUUUAAAACUAAAAAAAAAAAUCAAACAAAACACAAAAAAAAAUAUAUUUGUUAAAUAAUUAAAUGUCUAUUGAGAAAAGUUAAAACAAAAAAUUAUAAAAAAAAAAUAUUGAAAAUAUUAACUUUUUUGUAUUAUAAAUGUGUAAAUGUGUAUUUUGUACUUAGAAUCAUAAAAGUCUAAGUUUAACAAACAAAAAGGAUGAGGAAUUAAAGUAAUAAUAAGUAAGAAGAUAACUAUGCAGGUUUGGUGUUAAGAAAAGCUUAUAUAAAGAAAGAAAGACUUAGCUUUAAUUUAAAUUUAAAAAAAAAACAAA